AUAAUAAAGUGGUUCCAAGAAAGAGAGGAAUUUCAAGAGAGAAAAAGGGGUGGUCUAGUUGUCAACGUUAAUUAACUGUCUGUAAACCCCUCCAGUAGUUGUCUCUCUCCGGCCAAAUCAGACAACAAAUCAACACAGACACACACACAAAUACACACAGAUAGACACAGAUAUAAUAUAUGUAUGAGCAUCAUUAGCUCAACUGCUCCCUCAACUCCAAAUCAAUAAAGAUUCAAACUUUGUCAACCAAAGCCGCCCAAGAUUCAGUUUCAACUAUUGAAUUCAGCUCUGUGUGUGUUUACACACACAAUUUUAGAUUUUUAAUUGAAGGGGUGAGAUGGGUUCUUCAAAGCCUUGGCUAUCUCCAGCCCCAUCUUAUCAGCCUUUUGAGUCUUUUUGGGAUACUGAUGAGGAUGCUCCUGGCCCCAGAUGUGCUCAUACUCUUACUGCUGUUGCUCCCACUAAAUCUCAUGGUCCUAGGCUCAUUUUGUUUGGGGGAGCUACUGCUAUCGAAGGCGGUGGUGGUGCUGGAAUCAGGUUGGCUGGUGUGACUAAUACUGUUCAUUCAUACGAUGUUCUCUCAAAAAAAUGGACCAAGAUUAAGCCGGCUGGCGAGCCGCCUUCUCCGAGGGCAGCACAUACAGCUGCUGCUGUUGGUACUAUGGUUGUUUUUCAGGGGGGAAUUGGUCCAGCUGGUCAUUCCACGGAUGAUCUUUAUGUUCUGGAUAUGACAAAUGACAAAUUCAAAUGGCAUAGAGUUGUUGUUCAAGGAGAAGGUCCUGGUCCACGAUACGGUCAUGUCAUGGACUUGGUUGCUCAAAGAUAUCUUGUUACUGUAAGCGGCAAUGAUGGUAAAAGAGUGCUGUCAGAUGCUUGGGCUUUGGAUACUGCUCAGAAACCAUAUGCAUGGCAGAAGCUCACUCCUGAGGGCGAUAGACCUUCAGCAAGGAUGUAUGCAACAGCAAGUGCACGCUCAGAUGGAAUGCUUUUGCUUUGUGGGGGAAGAGACAUCUCAGGCACGCCACUAGCUGAUGCUUAUGGACUGCUUAUGCAUAGAAAUGGCCAGUGGGAGUGGACACUUGCACCUGGUGUUUCUCCUUCAUCAAGAUACCAACACGCUGCUGUCUUUGUGGGUGCUCGAUUGCAUGUUACAGGAGGUUCCGUUAGGGGAGGGCGAGGAGUUGAUGGUGAAGCAGCUGUCGCAGUACUUGACACUGCUGCUGGAGUCUGGUUAGAUAGAAAUGGACUUGUAACUUCUUCACGCACCAAGGGGCAGGCUGAUCAAGAUCCUUCCUUGGAACUCUUGCGUCGUUGUCGGCAUGCUGCUGCAUCUGUUGAUACUCAAGUAUAUGUUUAUGGUGGUCUCAGAGGAGAUUUGGUGUUAGACGAUUUUCUCAUUGCAGAGAACUCACCAGCUCAUUCUGACAGCAAUUCUCCUGCUGCAAUUUCUGAGAGGGCCUUGGCUAGAAAUCUCGAUGGCUCUGUAUCUUCUGGUGGCUCAAGAAUGGACAAAAACUCUAUGGCAAAACUGGCUGAGGCUUCUGCUGCAGAAGCUGAAGCUGCUAAUGCUGUGUGGCAAGCUGCACAGUCUGCAUCUGGUACUCCUGACGAAACAAGUCUCUUAGAUAACUCACAAGCUGCCGAGACCACUUCAGACGGUAGUGAUACAGAAGCAGAUGUUCGCCUGCACCCUAGAGCCGUGGUUGUUGCGAAAGAGACCGUGGGAAGCCUGGGUGGAAUGGUCAGGCAGUUAUCUUUGGACCAAUUUGAGAAUGAGAGUAGGCGAAUGGUUCCAUUGCAGAAUGACUUGUCACAACCUAAAAGGCCUACGAAGCCUAAAUCUCCACAAGGUCUGCAUAAGAAGAUUAUAUCUACAUUGCUUAGGCCUCGAAAUUGGAAACCUCCUGUCAAUAGGAGGUUUUUUCUGGAUUCUUAUGAAGUGGGUGAGCUUUGUUAUGCGGCUGAACAAAUUUUUAUGCACGAGCCAACAGUUCUUCAAUUAAAAGCUCCUACCAAAUUGUUUGGUGACCUUCAUGGACAAUUUGGAGAUUUAAUGCGAUUAUUUGAUGAGUAUGGAUAUCCUUCUACAGCUGGAGAUAUAACAUACAUUGAUUACUUAUUUCUGGGCGAUUAUGUUGAUCGAGGACAACACAGCUUGGAGACUAUUACUUUACUCCUUGCAUUAAAGAUUGAGUAUCCUGAGAAUGUUCACUUAAUACGUGGGAAUCAUGAGGCUGCGGAUAUAAAUGCACUCUUUGGUUUUCGUCUAGAAUGCAUCGAGAGAAUGGGAGAGAAUGAUGGAAUCUGGGCAUGGACACGGUUCAAUCAGCUUUUUAACUAUCUUCCACUUGCGGCUCUUAUUGAGAAGAAGAUCAUCUGCAUGCAUGGAGGUAUAGGGAGGUCAAUACAUACAGUAGAACAGAUAGAGAAACUAGAAAGGCCCAUUACCAUGGAUGCUGGAUCUCUGGUCUUGAUGGAUUUGUUGUGGUCUGAUCCCACAGAAAAUGAUAGUGUAGAAGGUUUAAGACCCAAUGCAAGAGGGCCUGGCCUUGUUACCUUUGGGCCUGAUCGGGUCACGGAUUUCUGUAAGAGGAACAAGUUACAGAUGAUCAUAAGAGCUCAUGAAUGUGUUAUGGAUGGGUUUGAACGGUUUGCUCAGGGACAGUUGAUCACUCUUUUCUCUGCGACGAACUAUUGCGGGACUGCCAAUAAUGCUGGAGCUAUACUGGUAGUUGGUAGAGGGUUGAUGAUUGUGCCUAAAUUGAUACAUCCAUUGCCACCACCCAUGCAUUCACCAGAGACAUCUCCGGAAAGGGGAAUGGAUGACACAUGGAUGCAGGAACUAAACAUUCAAAGACCGCCAACUCCUACCAGAGGGCGUCCACAGCCUGAUCUUGAUCGGAAUUCACUUGCAUACAUCUAAAUUUGGUCAAUGUUCGAGAACAAUGUUUACGUGAAACCUGCAGUCCUCUGGCUACAAUAUAGUUCAUUUUUGCUGUCAUCGAGACUACAUACUACUUUUCUGUCCUUUAAUGACAUUCAAGAGAAGCUUGUGCAUACAGAAGGGGAGCCAGCAGUAGCCAUUGGAGGUGUGUGAUGACUGUUAUAUGUUGUGUUUUCAGAUUACUUGUAUAAUAGAGCCUGUGGUUGAGAGUCAGUUUAGUGAUGAUUUGUGUAGUCAGAGGGGAGGGUGGUCCCUUGAGCUGUGUGUAUUGUAAUAUAGAUAGUGAAUAAUUUAAUUUAUAAUUUCACUUAGUAAUAAAAAUGAUUGUAAAUUUUUCAA